AUGUCCUCAUCUGGCUGCAGCACAAGAUGGACGACGCAGCGGGGGACCCGUCCAGUACGAAUAGCGAAUUGCUCGGGCUAUAAAGGCGAUCCAGGAUAUCAUAUGCGCUAUCAAGCGGAACUAGGAGACACAGAUUUUAUUACUGGUGACUAUCUUGCUGAAGUCAACAUCGCGGAGAACGCCCAGGCACAUGCAGAAGGCAAGCAUCCCGGUUGGGAGAAGACAGCCUGGGAUGGUAUCGAACAGACAAUUGAUCAGUUGAAUGAGAAAAGAAUCAAGGUCGUUGUUAAUGGGGGUGCGCAUAACCCCAAGGGGCUAGCGGAGAAGGUGCAAGAACUCGUUACGAGUAAAGGCUAUGACUUGAAGGUAGCGUACGUGUCCGGCGAUAAUCUGAUCGACGAGAUAAAGGACAUCAAAGAGAAAGGGUUACCGCCGCACCUAGAUUCCGACAACAGCGAAGUGACGGUCGCGGACCAUGCGCUUGAUAUUUUGAAGAGCGAUAAGCCGAUUGUCAGUGCAAACGUCUACCUUGGUGCUCGCGAAAUCGUUAAAGGCCUCGAAGAAGGCGCAGACAUUAUCAUAGCCGGUCGUGUUUCAGACGCCAGUCCUGUCAUCGGUGCCGCGUGGUACUGGUACUCGUGGCAUGACACUGACUUCGACGCGCUUGCCGGAGCGCUUAUUGCGGGUCAUCUCAUUGAAUGCAGUGGCUAUGUGACGGGCUCAAACUUUGCGGGGUUCUACGAGUAUCCUUUAGAUCAACUUUACGAUCUCACGUUCGGUAUUGCGGAAGUUGAAAAGGAUGGAACGUGCGUUAUUACGAAACACGAUGCAAAGAAAGGUUUUGUGACCGAAGACACUGUCAAAUGUCAGUUUCUGUAUGAGUUGCAAGGAAACAUCUACUUGAAUAGCGACGUUAAGGCCAUUCUGGAUCAAGUGCAGGUCAAAGCUGAGGAUAGAAACAGAGUCCGCGUAUGGGGCGUCAAAGGUGCUCCGCCUCCACCUACUACCAAACUUGCCAUCUUCUACCAAGCAGGUUACCAGUCUGAGAUUGUCGUCAAUGCGACCGGAUACGCCACCGCCGAAAAGUUCGACCUCUGGGAGCGCAUGAUCAAGUUUGGCCUCAAACAGAAAGGCAUACUGGAGAAUUUCGAUAUCCUGGAAUUCCAGCGCAUAGGAGUGCCAGAGUCUAACCCGAAGAGUCAGCUCAGAAGUACAUCGUAUUGCCGUAUCUUUGCAGAAACCAGCGAUCCGAAUGUGAACCUGGGAUUAGCGAGUCUACUGGCGGACUUUGCAAUGCAACACUACUCAGGGUUUCAUAGUACAAUGGACCAUCGCACAGCAAUACCGAAACCGUACUUAUCCUUUUAUCCGGCGAUUUGGCCGCAAAACAAGCUCAAAACAGCGAUCAACAUGCUCGAAUCUGGUGAAUCGAGGACACUGACCACUACGCCGCCCCCAAAGUCUGAAGAGAUUGGAAAACGACAAAGUUACGAGACUCCGAAUCCGGUGGAUCUUCAGGCUUUCGGUCCAACAACGCGUGCGCGGCUAGGAGACGUGGUGCUCGCCCGCUCGGGCGACAAAGGCGGCAACGCAAACAUCGGCUUUUUCAUACCUACCAGCCUACCGUCCUCCUACUCACACGCAUCACCCCUCUAUGCCGAAAGCUGGAACUGGCUCCGCAGCUUUCUUACGAUGCCUAAACUCAAGGAGAUGUUUGGAGAAAGUUGGAGCGACAGAUUCUUCGUGGAACGAGUGGAGUUCGAGGCUAUCAUGGCGGUACAUUUUGUGGUCUAUGGUGUGUUGGGUAGGGGCGUUAGCGGGAGUAGUAGGUUGGAUUCUUUCGCGAAAGGCAUGGGUGAUUGGUUGAGGGAUGUGGAAGUCGAGGUUCCAGUGAAGUUCCUGGAAGGAAGGGUCAGGGGGAAGGCCAUUGCUGGAAGGUAUGCGACAGAGGCAUGA